AUGAAGAUUUUAUUUCUCUUUCCUUUUUUCUUCUUCUCUUCUUUCAUCUUUCUCUCUCUCUCUCUCUCUCUCUCUCUCUCUUGCUUCCUCCCUUUCUCUUUCUUUUGUAAGUUACUGACAAUACACUUCGAUUUAAAUCUUCUUCUUAACUUUCCUCUCUGUAUAUUUCUCCAGCUUUUAUUUAUGUCUCUAUUUACUCUUCCCUCUUUCUCUGUUCCUCUAUUCAAUUCAUUUUUCUCUCUCCCUCUCUCCCUCAUGACAAAAUUCAACACUCACAACUCCUCGACUAUCAACUUCUUUCAACACUCUUUCUCUUCCGCUUAUUCUCUAUCUUUUCAUGUUAAUCUUCAUUCAUUCUCUCUCUCUCUCUCUAUCUAUCUAUCUAUCUAUCUAUCUAUCUAUCUGAACUUUAUAAUCCCCUCGCUUACCUUUCUCUUUACCCUCUAUUUUACCCUCUUCCCCAAGCGUACUCUUUCACACCUUAAAUACCUGAUAUUUUUCAACUUGCAGGGAGGUCAAUGCGUCAACAUUGGUCACUUGUUCCUCAAUUGUUUCGAUAUGUUCAGAGCAUUCGAAAAAUACUGUGUUGAUCAGAGCAUGGCGAUCGAUACUCUGGAACAACUAGAAACGGAAAAUGACAUUCUUCGAGCUUUUCUGCAAGUCUCUCAAGCUGAAAACAGUGCACUGAGACGCAUGAGUCUUAAAUCUUUCCUUAUGGUUCCUGUACAAAGGGUUAUGAAGUAUCCUCUUCUAUUGAAUCGCCUGUAUAAAGCAACCCCUCUUCAUCACCAUGAUUCUGUGCCACUACACGAAGCAUUGGUCGGACUGGAAAGAAGUCUCGAAGACAUUAACGCUAAAAUUCAGGGAAAUGAUGCUUUGAAACUGACACGCAAAAGGCCAGAACUAAGAAGACAAACUUCCUCCGACAAAUUUGAAUUAAUUAAGGCUGCUCUUACACACUUAAACUGGAGCCAAGAGGAAGUUCACGACAUUUUAGUCAGUUCUCUUCUCUCCACCCAACAACAGGACCAUUUUUGGACGGGAAAGAAAUUCGCUAGUCUCAAAUUCUCUCCAGUGCAUGCUUUACUGCUUACUCGUGGCGAGCUCGCAUUUGAUAUCACUCUCUCUCUUUCUCUCUCUCUCUCUCUCUCUCUCUCUCUCUCUCUCUCUCUCUCUCUCUCUCGUUAA